AAUUAACGAAGUGAUAGUUAUAAAUUAGAUUUGGAUUAGAAUUCCUCCUCCACCCAACCACAUUCUAUAUAUACGGGAGAAGGGGUAUUCCAAUUUUCCAAUUUCCGAGGAAACAAUAACUUUAAAUCGAACCCCAGGAGGAGUUGUGGUUGAUCAGUGUACAGCAGCAAAUUUAAUGGCGAGAAAAGCGUGGAUGAUGGUGCUGCUGACUUUGGUUCUCAUCCUAGUUUGGCCGCCUUCGGUAACAAGUAGUAGUAGUAGUAGUAAUUCGCACAUUCAACGAACUUCCACCAAUCAGGGGGAGGCUGGUGAAGCAGGGUUGUCUCCCUUGCUCUAUCAAUUGUUUACGAUCCGGCUAUCCGACAGCGACGUUGCCGGAAUCAGGGACUGGCUCUGCCGGAUUGAUGCUAAUUCCAGCAAUAAAUACCUAAGGCGCCAUCGUUAUGCCCCAAGGAAAUGCUUAAAGCACCAUCCUUGUCCGCCCGCCGCCGCGGCCAACAGCACCGCCAGCAACACCGCCUUCGUGGAGACUUGUGUGGCGGCGCUCUUCGAUACACCAUCAUAUUUGUGGUUGGACCGGAUGAAGAGGAAGCACCUGGAUUGCCAUCAUUACUUUAUGAGCCUCAGCAAGAUGAUCAAGCUUUACAGGAACAGAGGCAUGUGUAUGGCUCGGGGUGAUUUUCAGCUGGAAUCCUACCUUCGAGCCUUGCAAAAGGUUCCCUUGCAAAACCAACUCGCGCUCUGCCCGCUGCAUUCAGCUACUCUUUUUCUACGUUACUACUACCUUCCCUGUCCCGACGACCUGCCCAGGUCUCCUCAUCCGCUGCCCGUAUCACACCUUGAUUCCGAGUUUUUUCAUUAUUAAAUUUUACUACUAUUUAUUUAGUUAUUUAUUUAUUAUGUAGGAAUUUUUUUAUACAUACCAGCAGGAAACCCC